CCCAGCCGGCCCUGGAUGUGACAGGAGGCGGCUGCCAGCCACCAACUCCAAAUCUCCCUAGCUCACUGGUGAGCCCUCCAGCUCCCAGGCCCAGGGGGGCCACCAUGGCCUACCGCUCCUGCGUCGUUGGCUUCAGCAGCCUCAGCGGCUGUGAGAUGACCCCUGCGGGCAGUCCCCAGCCUGGGACCUCAGGAUGGGGCAGCUGUGGGCUCCCUGGGCCUGGCUUCAGCUCUCGAAGCCUCACAAGCUGCAGGCCAGCUGGCACCAUCCCCAAGGUGACUGUGAACCCCAGCCUGCUGGUGCCUCUGGACCUCAAGGUGGAUCCAGCUGUUCAACAGCAGAAGAACCAAGAAAAGGAGGAGAUGAAGGCUCUCAAUGAUAAAUUUGCCUCCCUGAUUGGCAAGGUCCAAGCUCUGGAGCAACGCAACCAACUGCUGGAGACCCGAUGGAGCUUCCUGCAGGGCCAGGGAUCAGCCACCUUCGACCUCAGCCACCAUUAUGAGACAUUCCAGGGCCGGCUGCAGGAGGAGCUGCGUAAAGUGAGCCAAGAGCGGGGACAGCUGGAGGCCAACCUGUUGCAGGUGUUAGAGAAGGUGGAGGAGUUUCGCGUCAGGUAUGAGGACGAGAUCUCCAAGCGCACAGACCUGGAGUUUACCUUUGUCCAGCUGAAGAAGGACCUGGAUGCUGAGUGUCUCCGAAGAACUGAACUGGAAACCAAACUGAAGGGCCUGCAGGGCUUCCUAGAGCUGAUGAGAACAGUCUAUGAGCAGGAGCUGAAAGACCUUACAGCCCAAGUGAAGGAUGUGUCGGUGACUCUGGGCCUGGACAGCCGCUGCCACAUCGACCUGAGCGGCAUCGUGGAGGAAGUGAAGGCCCAGUAUGACGCCAUCGCUGCUCGAAGCCUGGAGGAGGCUGAAGCAUAUUCACGGAGCCAGCUUGAGGAGCGAGCUGCCCGCUCAGCCGAGUUCGGGAACAGCCUCCAAAGCAGCCGCUGUGAGAUUGCAGACCUCAAUGUGCGCAUCCAGAAGCUGCGGUCUCAGAUCGUCUCCGUCAAGAGCCAUUGCCUAAAACUGGAGGAGAACAUCAAGGUGGCUGAGGAGCAAGGAGAACUGGCCUUCCAGGAUGCCAAGGACAAGAUGGCCCAGCUGGAGAAUGCCCUGCAGCAGGCCAAGCAGGACAUGGCCCGGCAGUUGCGCGAGUAUCAGGAGCUCAUGAACACCAAGCUGGCUCUGGACAUAGAGAUAGCCACCUACCACAAGCUGAUGGAAGGAGAAGAAAGCCGGAUGGACCUGCCUUCUGCCACUGUGGUCAGUGCUGUGAAAUCUGGAUGCAGAACCACUGCCUCCAAGUCUGGCCUCACCAAGACCUCCUCCCGGAAGAAGAAGAACCGCAGAGGCCCAGUGAUCAAGAUCACUGAGAUGUCAGAGAAAUACCUCUCCCAGGAAUCAGAGGCCUCCGAGUAAGACAGCAACCCCAGAAAGAGCCUCAAGUCACUUCCACUGCAGCCGACUUAAGCUAAACUCAAGAACGUGGCCUGGAGCCUCCAGGUUGGGAGGAGAGACACUGAACAGGGAGAAGUGGGUUCUGGCUGAGACUGGGUUUCUCUGGAUGGUCAGAGAGAACCGGCAGCUCCAUUCCUCAUCCGCGUCUCAUUUGCCACCUCCAGUCUCCUGGCCACAGCUUGUCCUGGCGGGCAAAGGGGAGCUUGGGGCCUGACACCUCUCCACUCCUCUGAAGAUCCUCUUCCCGCGUAGCUCUGACAAGGUGCUUGACUUCUGCGCACUGCCUGCCCUGACUUCUGCCUCAGCCUUGCCUUGCCUCUGCCUCUAAACCGAGGCUGGCAUCCUCGCCCAUUAGCCAGGACAUAGAUUGGGCUGAAGGAUACACUUGGACUUUGUCUCAUAUAUGGUGUUCCUGGGCCUGGGGGCUGAGAACUCCUAGACCCCCUGCCUCUAGGCCUCCCAGACACCUGACAGUAUUGGGGGAUGAAAGGCUUGAUGUGUUAGACAAAAGCCUGAGCCCCAGAGUGACCCAGAUGCCUGCAUGUACCUCCUUCCAGGGACUAAGAUGUCAUACCUGACUUCAAAGCUAUUCUGGCCAAGCCACCACCCUAGGAGCAGAAGCCAGAGAUAAGAGUCUGACAGCAGGCCUUGCCUCCCCUCCCUGCCAUUCUGGGUUGUGCCACCAUCCUGAAAUCUGGGCUCUGGCUCCAGCCAGGGUCUCUCCAACCUCAACAUUUGUCUUUGGCACAGCAGGCACUAGAGCCCUAGAGCCUGCUAGAAAUGCCCAUCUCCCCCAAAUCUCACUUCCUAGGGCCUCUGUUCUAUCCCCUAAGACAGUCCACGCAGUGGGCCAGUUCUCCCCACCCCCACCCCUCCCUUCCUCCAAGCUUACUCCCCCUGCCUUUGGUGGGCCAUGAAGAAGGCUGAGCCUUGGAAGAUCUGGAAGUUUCGUAGGCAUAAAUUUGAUCCAGGCAGUCCCCAACAAGGGCCUUCAAAGGACUCAACCCAAGGGAGCCAUUCUGCAUCCACCAUGGGUGUCUGUGUGUUCCAGCCCUGGCUCCCACCUCUGGGGUUUGUGGAGCACAGCAGUGCCAGCCUUCUGAUGCCACCAGCCUCCUUCUGCCUCCCUUUAUUUCCAAGACCCAUGUCCUGGCUCUCCUAGCCCACCUCCCAUUCCUGCUUCUCAUUCUCCCAGACCCUGUUUCCUCAAGGCCCCUGGCCCUCCAGGCCUGCAGAGAGUGUUGAUAGGCUGCCAGCUCCUCCAGGCCAAAAGAACCCAGCAAUACACUUAACCCUAGAGUCCCCGAAGUGGGUGCUCAGUGCUGCUUUCUCUCGGGCUAUUAAUCCAUUUCCAAGGGGGCAAUCCUCAGUGGGACAUGAAAUAUAGAACAUAUAUUAUUUUUCAUAACUUAUGUGGCUUUUAACUUAUUGCUUCCCUUCCUGUUUCUGCAUGAUAAGUGCUGAGUAUACUAUCAGGAUUUUAGAGAACUCAUUCCAGCCACCUGCUAGACUGGCUGACUCGGGCAAGGGGUGAAUAAAGUACUGACAUUCAUCCACAGAUAA